AAAAACGUCAAAAUUCAAUAGUGUCUUUUUCUAGUAUGAAAUGUCAAAUUUUAUUUAAGAUAACUUAAAUGGUUUUCUCAAAUAUUUGUUUUUACAACAAAACACAAAGUGUUCAUAAGUAAUACAUUGCAAGUGCCAUCAACUUCAGUAUGUCCCUAGAGCAAACCGCAUGUGAAGAUAUCAUUUCAGAUUUAAAAGCCUUUGAAAGACGACUUACUGAGGUUAUAGCUUGUUUACAUCCAUCCACAAUAAGAUGGAGAAUUGUACUCAUAGUUGUUUCGAUAUGUAUAGCCACAGGCGCCGGCCAAUGGUUGAUGGACCCAGAAACACGCAUAGUUCCACUUUCACAAUCUCUCACAAAUCAUCCAUUCUUUAUUGUUUCUACUAUUAUGUUCCUAAUAAUUUUGUUCCUUGGUGUGCACAAGAGAGUAAUAGCAGCUUCCAUCAUAACAUCUAGGACUAGGGAAGUUUUAAAUGAUUUUAACAUGUCUUGUGAUGAUUCAGGUAAACUUAUUUUGAGACCUCGGCCUACAAAUAUUACGUGACAAAUAUGUUAUCACAUUAAGUCCAUUUUCAAGCAAUUUUUAUUUUUACUAGACUUGUUACCUUGUGAAUAAUGUUCUCUUCAAUAAAUUUUUUAUCAAAGAAA